AUGACGCCAUCGGCCUAUCAAAAGUCCGUGUCACUGAGCACGGCUAAUCCGCGGUGUCUUCCCUCAAGAUGCUCCACUUUGGAGCAGAACCGUGCGAUUUUUUUCCACGGCCGACGACGCCAUGCCAUUCUAUGGCGGAGUAUCAGACCAACUCCGUCAAGCUGCACAUCAACACCCCAGGCCAUUGAAGUUGGAUCCUUCACCAUCGAAACCGCCAAACAACCCCUCCAGCCACAGCGGUUCAGUUCCUCUCCCUUCGCUAUGCUGUCCAGAGUAGCCCAGGCUUCGCGCUUGGGCUUGAUGACAGCUCGUCUGUCACGGCCCGUCGCAUCUCCUUCUCUCCGAGCUCUUCCCGCCGUCGCUCCUCAAUUUGCCUCGCCAUGGCUCCGAACAUACGCCAAGAAAUCCUCCUCUCAACAAAACAAAGAUUCGAAACAGAAGCCUUCCCAGGCGCAAAACGAUGCUGAAAAUGUCGAGAAGCCUGCUGAGAAUGACGUCGACAAGGCUGGCGAGAAGUCUACCGAGGCUCCGAAGGAGGGGGAGCAAAUACCUUUCCACAAGCUACCCGACCUGACACAGGGUAUUCCUUCGACACUGUUUGAGGAGAUGGGUGGUGAUAAGAAGAAGGAGCAGAAGGAGCAGAAGGAGCUGCAGGAGAUGGAGGAGGCUGAAUCUAGUGGCGGACGUGAACGAUCGGAAUAUGUCUCCACGUCUGAGCGAAAUCGCAAGUGGUGGACAAGAUUCAUGCUUAUUGCGACUGCUGCCGGUGGAACUCUGAGCGUUCUAUACAUGGGCCGAAACUGGGAAGACACCAUUGAAGCUGAGCGUCACUCUGACAUUCCUAACGGCCCUGGCCUUGGUUUGUGGUGGAAGCGUGCCAAGACCCGUUUGACCGAGUCUGUCACGUACUACCAAGAGCCUGCAUUCGAGAAGCUCCUCCCCGAUCCCGAUCCUACGUUCGAGCGCCCUUAUACCCUCUGUCUGAGCUUGGAUGACCUUCUCGUUCAUAGCGAGUGGUCCCGUGAACAUGGCUGGAGAAUUGCAAAGCGACCUGGUGUGGACUACUUCAUACGGUAUCUUAGUCAGUACUAUGAGCUGGUCCUUUUCACCUCUGUGCCGUUUGCAACUGGCGAGCCUAUCAUGAGGAAGUUGGAUCCUUUCCGAUUAAUCUUGUGGCCCCUCUACCGAGAGGCUACCAAGUUUGAGGAUGGAGAGAUCGUCAAGGACCUUUCUUACCUCAACCGUGACUUGAAGAAGGUCAUCAUCAUCGACAGCAACCCCAAGCACGUCCGCAACCAACCUGAAAACGCCAUCAUCCUUGAACCCUGGAAGGGCGACCGUAACGACAAGGAGCUCGUGAACCUUAUUCCCUUCCUCGAGUACAUCCACACCAUGCAGUACGACGACGUUCGCAAGGUCCUCAAGUCUUUCGACGGCAAGCACAUUCCCACCGAAUUCGCCCGUCGUGAAGCCAUCGCCCGAAAGGAGUUCCAGGCCAAGCAACUCGCCCACAAGCAAAAGCACGGCUCUGGCGUCGGCGCUCUAGGCAACCUCCUCGGUCUCAACCCCAGUAACAUGAGCAUGAUGGUCUCCCCCGAAGGCGAGCAAAACCCCGCCGAGGCUUUCGCACAGGGUAAGAUGCUACAAGACGUCGCCCGCGAGCGCGGCCAGCGCAACUACAUGGAGCUCGAGAAGCAGAUCCGCGAGAACGGCGAGAAGUGGCUGAAGGAAGAAGCCGCGAUGAUGGAGGCGGCCCAGAAGGAAGCUAUGAACAGCAUGAUGGGCUCGUUCUCUGGCAUGUUCGGAGGCGGCAACCCACCUGAGAAGAAGGCCUAGAAAAGAGGGGCCGCUGAGUGAGGUGGCAAGCACAUCUCCACUAAUUAAUGUCUUGUAAUUUUUUACGAUAGGGGAUCUCUGUUACAAAAUACCAUACUUCAGAUUGGGAAGAGGUCUUAUAGAAAAAGCAUGGAGGGAUGCAUCCUUGAUGAUUUGGGGCAUUUGGUGUAAGAGUGAAGAGGGACUUUGUAUAUUAGGUGUAUGCUGGGGGAUGAAUAUGUAAAAAUAUGAUGUUACAAGUAAAAGUUAUGAGAUAGGAUUGAAGCAAUGUGCUACCG